AUGGCUGACGUUGCGAGGCAGUUUCAAGUUCGGCAAUUUUUUUCUCUUCUGAAACUUCCUACACUUAUAUUCCAUAUGAUUGUGGAAUAUCUUAGUCCAAAAGAAAAAGGUGUACUUUCCCGAGUCAGCAAGAUUAUUAGAGAACUUCUAAACUCGAAUGUUAAAACUUGGAAAGAUGUUGAUUUUGUCAUUUCUCCAACAAGACUCAACCAGUGCUGUUACAUUGUCGCGCUUCUUCAUCAAAGAAAGGCAACUUCAUUGACGUUUCGUAAUAUCAGUGGUGAGAAAAUCCAGGAAAAUAUACUGAAAGCAUUUCCAAAUCUUAUAUCGCUAUCAAUUCCAAUGUCCAACACUUCUACUCCAAAACUUAUUGAAAACUAUUGCAAAAAAUUAAAAAAGUUACGUCUUUGGAACCUCACGAGCUCGUUUUUCCAACGAGAGAUGCCGUUGAGAUUUGGAGAUGUUAUUCGACGAAUGGUUCAUUUGGAGAUUUUGAGUCUAGAAGGAGAUGAACUUGAUAGUGAUCGAUUUCCUGAAUACACCAAUGAAAUCAAAAAAGGCAUAGUUUGCCAUACUUCAUUGACAAAAUUAGAGUUUCACUUUGAUGUAAUGGAAUUACCAUGGAUUGUGGAAAUAUGCUGCUUUAACCCAAAGCUAAGGUCUCUCAAGGUACAUUCUGCAAACAAGAUGAAAGGAAGACGUCUCCCAUUGAAAUACUACAGAGAUGUUUGUACUUGGCUUGAAGACUUUGCCUUAGAAGAAGUGAAUUUACAAGGACUUUUGUUGCCUAAAGACCACCUUAAAUGCAUCAUUGACUCAGUUGACAAAUGCCAAAGUCUGGUUUCAUUAGACCUUAGCUACUGUAGACAUGAAAUUCUUUUGAGAAUGAUUCUAGAACAUUUAUACAAACUGCCUGAAUUGAAGCAUCUAAACCUAACCAAGUGUGCCAUCAAGGAUGAUAUGUUUUUGGCCAAUCAUCCUAAACUUUACAACCUUGAGUUAAAAAGUACUGCCAUAAAGUUCAUUGGAAUACAGAGAAUUGCAUCCAUAAUGUCGUCAUCCUUGAAGUACUUGGGACUUGCUAACUGUUAUUAUAUCCAAACAGCUGAUAUUAAACAAUUGCCAUCACUAUUUAUUUCAUUAGAUACUAUGGAUCUAAGUGGCUGUGAUAGUCUGGAUAAUGACGUUCUCAGAGGCUGGUACUUACAGCCAGCCAAACCAAAGCUUUGUCCUAGAAAAAUUGUUGCCAAAGGUUGCAUGAAUAUUGACACAGAAAUGAUAAAAAAAGUCAGAGAGAAAUUGAAAAAUAAGCUUUUCAUUUUAACUUAACUAUUUACUGCUAUCUUCAUUCAAUUUGGGGAAACAUUUUCAUCUAGUGGUUAAGACAUUGAGCUUGACUGGAUUUGAUUCCCUGACUCGGACAAUCGCGCUGUGUCAAAUAAUGCUUCUUUGGAGAUCUAAAGGAUUGUUGAUAGAUAUCUUAUACUGAUCCAUUGACUAUUAUCAAAAUGUUAAGAAGCAUCUUUGGCAAGUUAUUAUUCUUAGCCGUUCUUCCGACCUUCUGUUGCGCAAAACGUGAAGAUAAAAAAGUGAGUCUCCAUUGUUACUUGAUACAAGUGUUAAUUCACCCAUACUCCCUUUCGGUUUAGUCACUUAGGUGUUAAAGCCGAUAAGCGAAAAAGAAGAUUGUACAUUAUGCUUAUAAUGCAAGUUAGUUGACAAAAAAGGCGAUGUUAAACGUUCAUAAAUAUGUUAUGAAUGCUUUCCUAACCCAAACACAUUACAUGAUGAAAAUCGUUCGUCUGCACUGCAUGUCGCAGUCUAAAAACAGUUAUUUCCUUCUAGUCUUUAUCACGUUUUAUUAUACUUCGCAUAGUAAUUUCAAGUUUUUAAUGUUCGCUUUUUUUACUCAGACUUAAAUUACUGUUGAUUUUGCUAGUUUAAACAUCUUUGAGCGCGUUUUAUGCGCAAAGAUGAGCCAGUAAGCUGUGUUUAAUCUUGGUGCCGAGUACGACUGUCAUAUUCCUGUCGAAAUAAUAGAACAUUUAAUUUACGAUGUUUGCCAACUUUGGAUGGUUUCAUUUGUCUCUGGCUAAUUAAAAACAAAAUUGUUUUCUAAUCACGUGAACCUAUUUGGAUUAAAUAAGCAUUUCAACUUAUCGUUAGAGAAAACGUCUUAUUUGGCGUCUUUCCUCUUCCUACGUUUUGAUGAUGGUAUCAUGAAGUACUGUUUAUUUUUUAUCAAAAUUUUUCCGAAUGUUUUAUUUGUUCUAUUCUAUCGUACUUUAUUUAUAAAUAUUGAUCCUUUUUUAACGUCAUAAAAGAUAAUAUGUUGUCCCGAGACUGUUAUAGAAAAUUAACGUUUUAAAUUAUUUAUUUCUGUCUUUCUCGGGAAAUAUCAUCUCAGAUGAAGUUAAUGGUCAGUUUUACACAUUAAAGAAAGCGAUACUUUAUUACUUUAUAGGAUUACGAAGGCUUAACGUCCGACAAUCUUCAAACAAGUAUUGUUUUCUUCAUGUUGAGAUUGACUCUUUCACUAAAAUUAACAAAAUCACCGGAUCCCGUUUACUCCCAGUUGCUAUUACUUUUUCCUUUUUUUCGAUGAGAGUUUUUAAUUUUGCUGCUUUAAUGGCUGGCAACACCAACUGUGUUCUUAACUAAGGACUUGGCAGAUGGUGAAAUAACUCGGGUAUUAGACGCAUUUAUCAAGGAGUAACUUUCCAAGUAAACACAUUAUAUUACACUGCUUAUUCUCGACCAAUAGGAGCACAAAUGGCUUAUAUGUUACCAUGGAGAAUUGCCAAAGUAGAUGUAAUAUCCGACAAGUCCUGGUCCUUGCUUUUUCUAAUUUUUUCUUUAAUUUUGACCGGAAAACAGAUGAAUAGCAUUGAUAACAUGGACCAUACAGUAAUAAUUGCAAAAAGAAUAAACUUUUCAAGAUGACAUAAUUUGCUUACACAAAUUCAUUGUUGUGAGGGGAGUGUUUUGUUUGUGGGAACGUGCAGUCGCGCUUAUGAAGCGAUAAAAGGAAGUCAAAAGAAAGCUCUCGG